AUGUCAACUAAUAGCGACAGUGGUAGCAGUGACGCUGAUAGUGUUAAUGAAUUUUGGAGACUUAGUGAUUUCAUUGAAAGUUCUUCAGAUUCUGUUAAUCUGGAUAUUCUUAUGGACACCGGUUCACAUAUUUCCGAAAGUGACAUUAAUUUUGAUAGAUCCCUCCCUGGACUUCACACAGAACCUGGAACAAAGGUUACACUUCGAGCGAUUUAUAGACAUGGAAUUGUCCUGAUCCCUGGUUAUACCCUUCCACUAAAGACUGUAAACUUAUUAGAACAGCAAGUUAUUGACUUCUACCGUAAUCCUGUUGCCGUUUUACCUGGAAGUGUUCACUUUAAUACUUAUACUUCACCAGGUAGUUCAACAGAUUUCGUCAAUCAAAUUGCUACCAUUGCUCACCUUGUGUCUAUUCGUGUUGAAGGCCCUAAUUAUCACCCAAUUUUAUUGGGACGACAGCGCCUUCGCAUCUUGGAUGUUUACAUGAGUUCCCAAGAUCAUUAUCGCUAUUGCACGGGUCUGGUUCUUCCUGAUAACCUGGGAGAUGAAAUGCACUGCCCCGUCAGCAUACUCUCUAUCCCGCAUUCUUUGUGUCGUUUUACUCGGGAUUCUGAAUUUGUUCCUCUACCUCCUUCAUCCAACGAUCAACCACCCAGUGACCAGUCCCGUUCUCUUCCCUUUCCUCGACCCGGUGAUCCAUUCGCAGUUCUUUUCUCUAGAAUCACUUCUAGUGGUAGUAGUGGUUUUGGCGGUGAUGGUGGCGGUGAAACCUUCAAUCAACGUCAACUCCCUCACCUUCCUUGUCGUCGAGAUGUUAUGGCUACCCUCGCUUGUAGUGUAUCCAAUAUACCACCGUGGAUAUUUCAUCAACACGAUUUAUCUUAUAUAAUUGGUCAAAUUCGAGCAAAGCUCUCACGAUGGACGAAUACUUGGCAAAUGGAGAAAUGGAAUCCUUCCCUGGCUGUCCCAUUCUCCUAUUGGCUCAUUCAGAACCUCCCUCUCACUUUCACCCAAAAAGCUGAUUUCCUAAAACUCGACCCUGUUGUCGUCCGCUUACGAGCCUGUUUAAACUUCAUCGAAACGUGCUCUGGACUUGCUUGCUCCCAGUGUAGAACAGCAAUCUCUUCCCAAACUAACGUGAUUUGCCUUACCGACGAGGGCUCAGUCCAGGCUUACGUGAAUCCCCACGGUAUCAUCUUUGAUAUGCUUACACUGAGCACUGUCUACCAGAGGUCUAUCGUACUUGUCGGAUCACCAACUUCUGAGUACUCCUGGUUUCCUGGGUACGCUUGGACAAUUGCUGAAUGUGCCACAUGUGGCGUUCCACUGGGAUGGCGAUUUACAGCUACGCGGGAUAAUCUUCAACCGCGUCUCUUUUGGGGAAUCAAGAGAGAGGCUCUCCAACAUAUCAAUGAAGGAGAGGAGUCUCAAAAUAUUCAGCGGGAAGGAUUGGUGGUAGAGGAUGAAGGGCCAAGGGGUUUUGUUCCAGGGCUUCCUGAUAUUCUAGAUGAUGAUGAUCAGGAGGGUCAAUCGGAUUCAAUGGGCACUAUUCCUGGACUUCCUUUUCUAGAUGAUGAUGGUUAG